UUACAAUUGAUAUCAUAUGGAUUUGGAUAUGGAAGUGACAGUGACAACAUGCUUCAUAACAACAUGCAUCAGGCAACACACAUUCUGCCUGUCAUAACAAACAGAUAAAUGUGCACAUCGUUCUCGACCCGGUACAUUCACACUUUACGAGUAAAUACGGUAAUUUUUAAUUAAUUUUUUUAUAUUCAAAAUGAUUUGCAAUCCCCGACUGAUUCGAAGCAUUCACACCAGCUGUGUGCAGUUGAAAAAAGUGCCGAAUAAAGCGAAAAGUCACAGUUCACAUCAGUGGCUCUCGCGACAGAUGACCGACCCAUUUGUUGAAUUGGCGAAAACGAAGAAUUAUAGGUGUCGAAGUGCGUUCAAAUUGAUUGAAAUCAAUGAACGAGCAAAAAUUCUGCAACCCGGCCAAACGGUUAUCGACUGUGGAGCUGCACCAGGAAGCUGGACUGAAAUUGCCGUGAGUGAAACAAAUGCUGAUGGAAAACAAAAGAAGAAACCAAAAGGAUUUGUGAUUGGACUUGAUUUACUCACGAUUCAUCCCAUUGAGGGUGCACAUUUGCUGAGUCAUGCGGAUUUUACCGAUACAAAAACCCAAGAUCGAAUCAGAGAGCUGCUCAAUGGGCGAAAAAUCGAUUGCGUACUUUCUGACAUGGCACCAAAUGCAACAGGAGUUCGAACUUUGGAUCAAGACAAAAUUAUGGAUUUAGUUCACAGUGUUUUACAGUUUGCUGUUCUCAUGUCAUCCGAAAAUGCCAGUUUGCUCGUUAAAAUAUGGGACAAUGGGAAUGUGAAGAAGUUUGAAGAGGUUGCACUGCGUUACUACAAGUCAAUAAAACAAAUCAAACCUGAAGCUAGUCGAGGCGAUUCAGCGGAACGAUUUUUGCUAGCCAAAGAAUUUCGUGGACUUGAAAAUAUAACCAAAUCCGAUUCCACUUAGUUUUUAUGUUAACAUCAGAGAAAAAAGAGUAUUUCGUAUUUAAUGAAAAAAGAGGAACAUGUUCAAGUUUAUUCAUUGUUUUGUUAAAUUGAGAUAAUAAUAAAUGUUUUUCAUUUGCAAA